CAUGCCGAUAGCGGAUGGACGUGUGGCACCGCCGCGACUCUCUCUCACCACCCUCCAUCCCUCUCCCGACUCCCAACCGCAACCCAGGAACCGAGCGGAGAGGAGCCCCGAAACAAGCGCCAACGGAACUGGGAUCGCAACACAUCCCACCCCACACCACUCCCCAUCUCCAUUCCCCGCCAUCGCCCUCGCUCCCCGUCCCGCCUCCCCGUCCGGAUCCGCCCGGCUUCGGAUCGAUCUCUUCUCUCGUCGGUUACUAAAAUGGAUAAACUCAAUGGUUCUGCGCGUCUUAUGAUUGUUUCAGAUCUUGACCAUACAAUGGUUGAUCACCAUGAUGAGGAGAACUUGUCCUUGCUUAGGUUUGCUGCCCUGUGGGAGUCCACUUACUGUCAGGAUUCUUUACUUGUCUUUUCAACUGGACGAUCGCCUACUCUCUAUAAGGAAUUGAGGAAAGAGAAGCCUAUGCUGACCCCAGACAUCACUAUCAUGUCUGUGGGCACUGAGAUAACAUAUGGCGAGGCAAUGGUUCCUGAUGAUGGCUGGGAAGAAUAUCUGAAUAAUAAGUGGGACAGAAAUAUUGUUGUUCAGGAAACCGCAAGCUUCUCUGAGCUGAAGCUUCAGCCAGAGACAGAACAGCGUCCACACAAGGUCAGCUUUUUGGUUGACAAGAAGAGUGCUCAGGAAGUGAUCAAAUCUGUUGCCGAGAAGUUGGAGAAACGUGGGCUAGAUGCGAAAAUAAUAUACAGUGGUGGCCAGGACCUUGACAUAUUACCUCAAGGGGCUGGAAAGGGGCAGGCACUUGCAUAUUUGCUUAAGAAGCUAAGCUCAUGUGGAAAGCCACCAAACAAUACUCUUGUCUGUGGCGACUCUGGUAAUGAUGCAGAAUUAUUCAGUAUCCCUGGUGUACAUGGUGUUAUGGUCAGCAAUGCCCAAGAGGAAUUGCUUCAGUGGUACCAAGAAAAUGCGAAGGAUAAUCCUAAGAUAAUUCAUGCAAGUGAGAGAUGUGCAGCUGGUAUUAUACAAGCUAUUGGGCACUUCAAGCUAGGACCUAAUGUUUCUCCUAGAGAUGUGGACUUCCCUUAUGCGAAGGAGGCCUCCUUCAAACCUACAGAUGCUGUAGUGAAGUUCUAUGUUCUCUAUGAGAAAUGGCGCAGGGCUGAGGUUCCGAAGUCUGACUCAGUCAUACAAUACUUCAAAAAUAUCACUCAUUCAAAUGGAGUCAUCAUCCAUCCUGCUGGUCUUGAGCGCUCUCUCCAUGGAUCCAUUGAUGCAUUGGGAUCAUGUUAUGGUGACAAACAAGGGAAAAAGUACCGAGCAUGGGUGGACAGACUUUUUAUCACACAGACUGGUUCAGAUAGCUGGUUGGUGAGAUUUGACUUGUGGGAAUCAGAAGGCGAUGUACGAGUUUGCUCUCUGUCAAGUCUUGCCUUGAGUCUCAAGACUGAAUCCCCUGAGGGCUUUGUGGUAACACACAUCCACAAGACAUGGCUGAACGGUUACUCUUCAGGGGUUGAGCAGGCAUCUAAGCUUUAGACCAAUUUACCCGCCCAUGCGAAUGGAGUUUUCUUGAAGAUAGAAUAAUAUACAUGCUUAUCUGAGAAAAUUCUUCUUUUCCUGUUUAUAUUAACUUCUUCCCAAAACCGCGCUGGAGGAUGUCCAGGGAGAGGAUUUGGUGCCUACUUGUUUGGUAUGUAAGAUAAUUACUCCAUCUCAUGACUUCCAUGAGAAGCCAAAGUGAUUCCUCUUUCGUAUAUAUAUAUACACACUAAUCUUAUUAAUAAUGAAGCGCUAUUUAGCAA